GUGUGUGGGAGGUGGACUACUGAACUACUGAACUACUGAAAACCAUCAGCCCGUCCAGUUAGGACUUCAUCAGACUUCGUGUCGCCUCAUGGGCACCCAGCACAAUACUCUGACCGAAGAUCUGUGUAGGAAACCAAAGGAUGGAGUUCUGGCCCGAGAAUCAGACUCAGACAGCUCUUUAUGCCAAAUUUGGUACAAUUCCUGGGAGGAACUGCAGUCAUAACCACCAUGACAGACACCAAGCAGCCCAUUAUCCACUGUACUACGCUCAGCAGCAGGAUCAAGGCAGGGAGUCCAGUUACUGGACGGCACCAGGGCCGAGGACUGAAGGGGCUCUAGAAGAAUACGCCGCCUGGACGGACCCAGAGCUGUCGGCCCCCACUUCACCCCGGUUCCCCUUCAUCCUGGACCGUCGCACCCAGCAGCACCAGUACCGCGGCGAGUAUCGCUCUCACGACGCCAGAGACAGCGAGUGGACGGCGGCUCAGCGGGCGGCGAGGGACUACGAGGGGGGGCUUCUGAGGGAGGCGUGGCAGAGGCGCUGGGAGCCCUGCGGUCCGGCCCGGCCCAACAGGGAGGCUUCUGCCAGGAGGAGCGACAGCAGCUACAGAGAGCUGGAGGCCUGGGCCGCGCGCUACUGCCACUCGCUGCCAAGGAGACGGCGUUUGGAGGCAGAGUUACGCGGCGCCGCCCAGGGCCUGCUGGAGGGCAGGACGGGGACAGACCCGCGGGCGGCGGCGCUGCUGCUGCAACUCAGACAGUCUGCAAACGUCAGAGAGUCGGGAUUGUGGGAUGCUGGAGGCCGAAUGCAAACUCCAACUUAUUAUCAGCCACAAGCUACGUCCCAUAAUACAGGCCGCACGUUGGAGGUUAAAGACCCGACAGGCGUCCAAAGGAGGAUGUUCAGUCAUCCUCCGGGCUACGCGGCUCCCCCUCCUUACAGCGACCCACACAAAAGCACGCCUGCAGCGAAGCACCGCGUCACCGGCUGGGAGCAGGAAGGCAGCAGGCAAAGCUGCUGGCCUCAACCCGCACUCAGAGAGGAGGCGCGCGACGAGCUGCAGCGUGAGCGGAAGGGAGAGAGAGAGGAGUGCACGAAGCCAGGUGACGGCACAACCUGUGCAGAGCUGGACGGAACGAAGCGCAGAAGACAGGAAGCGGAAGCCUCGCAGGGAGCGGGUCCGGUUCACGGCCACGCCUUCUCCCUUCCACAGAAACAAACUUCUGAUGCGGUUGGCAACACACAGACAUCCUCUAAGAUCAUUGAAGGCAGAAAAUUCAGGCUGAACAAAAGAACCGGUGGGAUGACCGUGUUCUGCCUGGUGUCCCGGAUAGCCGGCGCCACGGAAACGCCGUCCCUGCCUCUCUGCAUCGCUCAGACCAGCGCUCAGACCAGCGCUCAGACCAGCGCUCAGACCAGCGCUGAGGCUUCCAAGGCUUCACAGGACGGCGAUGACAGUCACCCCGACCUCGCUGAUGAGGUGGACUUCAAAGUGUCAGAGAAGUCAAAUACUGACAUUACAAGCUCCAAACAGAGCGAGUUGCUUCACGAUAAUCCAUCGAACACCCAAGAAGCGAGAGUCGCCCCAGAAAGAGAUUUACCUGAUGCAAAUUCCUCAUUUGGGAAGGAAUCAAAACAGCCGGUGUCGGUCAAAUAUCCUCUAUGGAGAGAACCGGGUUUCACAAGCAGGGCUGACGCAGCGUCUUCAGCUACUUCCUGUUUAAAGGUACAAAGUGAGGGCGGCAGGGCGGAUGGUCCACUCAGCCAGCAGCGCGCUCCUCCAGACGAGCCCCGAGCACAGAGACCGGACCUUAAGGACCCAGAAUCUGAGGGCAGUAAAGCUCUCUGGGUUAUCGACACCAGCUGUGUUGUGGUCAAAAUGGAGCUGAUUCCAUCACCAAAGAAAGAUCACGUUCACUAUGUAGCCAACCAAGCAGAAACGGAUUCCCCCGAAUCAAACAGUCAGGUCACAACCACUGACCGAACCACAGAGAGAACAUCCUCCCAAAUAAAUGACAGGCCUGAGCUACAUUGCGUGUCCACAGCUUCGGUGUGUGAGACCUUGGAGGAGCGCGCUCAAAGGAUUUUAGGACUCCCGCUGUGUGACUGCAUCGCUGAGCAGCAGCCCGGAGAAGACGAGGAGGAUGAGGAGGAUGAGGAGGCCGAGCCUUCGCCGGGACUCCUUCCUGAAGCAGCUGGGUUUAUCCCAGAGGAGACGGCGGGAGAGGAACCGCCACAGAAUCACGUGGAGGUGGGGCCCACGGACGACGCUGAAGAUCGAGGAACAAACGAGAACGACGGGGAAUUUGUAGGAUCUCAGGAUCAGCCGUGUCUAACUACUGAAACAGAGGAAACUCAAAUGACUGAGGGCGUCCAGCUCGACUCUGCUACUGGACCCGAUGACCCUGAGCAGCUUGUUGAAAGCGAUUCCCCCGCUCAGCAUCAUCUCUUCAGUUCUCCUGAAGACCUCUCUGAUUCCCCCCCUCUCUCACACACGUCUGACUCGCCUCAGGACAACUCAGAAUUGGCUGCACUUGUUGAAGCUGGAACCCCAACAUCCCCUCACACAGCGCUGGACCUGGUCCCUCUUCCCCCAGAAUCCAGUCCCUGCACAGAUCAUUCCCCAAGCCUUCCUCCUCCUCCUCUUCACUUAAUAGACGAGUGUCUGGAAGCAGAACCCACAGUUACACAUGAGGAUGAACCGUCACAGCUAGUAGAGAAUAAGUUUAACGGUGCCCUUGAGGACUUUGCAAAAGAUAUGACGUCAGAGCAACCUGGAAAUGACCAGCCAGAAGAAAGCAACGCCACCGGGGAGCAACAAUCAAAGGAUGUAGAGCCUAGACAUGCUUCGGAACAAGCGUAUGACACAUCCAAUGAACACAUUCAAAGUCUUGUGUCUGAAGAGCAAACGCAAAGAGAAAGUCCUACUGUGUUUCUCGAAACGACAACAGACCAGGAUGACAGGCCUGACAGCCAGUCAGAAAGAGAAGGACAGGAUGCUACCUGUGCGAAGGAGAAUAUUGAGGCUGAGGAACAGUCACAAACAGAUGCGGGUGAUGAUCCUGCAGAAUGUUUAGCACAGAAAACCUCCCAGGCCCGCGUGACGGCGCCUCAGACUCAUCCUUCGGGCUCAGACCGUGACGCGCUCCACUCCGCGCCUCCGUCCGCUUCCUGUCAGUCACACAAAGCAGACGCCGAGCCCGUUUCGCUAAUUCCUGGCCCUGCUGUUCCUGAAAGUGUCCCCGCUCCCGAUUUAGACCAGAUUAAUGAAUUUUCAUCCUCCCGUCUCCCCGAUUCACCCUCAAAUCCGCCUUUAGGCUUUGCUCCGCCGUCUCAACAGGAUGAUGAGAGCGCUCCUCUUGACUUGCCUCACAAAGGCGAGCCCCAGCAUCCCACGUCCCUGUGGGAUGCAGUAAAUCGCAUACGGAAACACACGGCACCUGAUUCUGAGAACGAAGAGGAGGAAGUAAGUGAACCGUGGGACCCUGAGAGUUUAGGAGAGCGUUCAGGUUGGUCGGACGACAGGAACGCAAAGAAGAUGGGGUUUGAUGAAGUACAGCAACAGGAAGUAUCAAGUGAAGGAAGCGUUGAGGACGUAGACGUGGGUCAAAUCCAGCAGGACGAAUGCCACGAAGAGCCAAGAGGACACACAGAGGACACGCUGUCCUGCAGCAGCGCCAGCAGCCACACCUCUGAGGACACCGUCAUCGUGGCAGAGGAGGACAAGGCUCAAGAGACAACACCUGAUGGGGGAACAGAAAGCGAGACCGACGUGGAGCUUCAUACGACUGACGCAGCGAGAAGAUGCUGCCGUGACUCAGAAGAAGAGACUGUUGACGAGGAAGACGAAGAGGAGCAGCUAAAAGGGUGAGACACAAAUGCGAGUGUCCAGCUGAGGGGGAGAAUCUGUGAAAGAGCUGUGGUCUCAGAUGAAGACACAGGUUGGCAUAGUUCAUCCAGCAGUGAUAGCAGCAGGUCUGUAAAAUAACCCAACUACUAAAGAACACACCACCUAAGUAACGUCUCAAACAUCCUGCAUUAGAUACUAUUUCAGAUAGUGAUCCUGUUUUACUAAAAAUAAAAAAAGGUGUGAGUUAUAUUCAAACCCCCUCUGUUCCACGUGAACUAGUCUUCUAAUCUCCAUACAAUUUUUUUUCUCUCCAAAUCUUCAUUGGUAGUUAUUUGCAGUUAUGAUAGAGACUAGAUGUCUCAGUAUAUACUGUAAAAAAUAAAUAUUGGUAUAAUGUCUAUUUGUGUCCUUUAUAAUUUCCAUUGUUUUAAUUUGUGAUAGUACACUUUCACUAACAUGGCAUCACAUUAAUUCUGAUGAUUACUUUUUGGUUGAAAAUAUGGGUUUGAACUUUCAUUGUCUCAGCCUUGAGUUUGUAAUGAUUAUAAUUAACAGUAGUAUGUGGUUCAUUAUGUACAAAAAACAUACUUUAAUGUGGUAAUAAUUCAGGCAGGAUUCUUGACUUCAGGCUGCAAACACAUGAUGUUGUACAAAUAUAUUUGCAAUGAUUUUUGUGAUUUUCAACAAAUUUAGAAAAUAACGGAUAAUAAGGAAACUUAAAGUUUAUAGAUAAAAAAAGAAAUUUCAAAAUGUUCACAAGACACAGAUUUUCAUUUUUACAGAUAUUAUGACAAUAAACAUCCUGAUCUUCCAACAGUAAAGCAUGAGGACAUGUUGCUCCAGGACAAGGCUGCAGCGUACUAACGGCAAUAGAGAGGCAACCAUCACACAAUGAAGCAGCAUCCUGAUUUUAAAGAUAGAACUGCCCAAGUAGCUCAUAUUUUAUUUUAUUAUAUGCAAUUGGACAAAGAUUUGUUGUUCUGCCCUGGAUUGCAUAGGCUGAAUGGAAAAAGUAAUCAACUACACAGGUUUUUUUAACGUUUACCCAAACAUUUUGUGACAUUUGAGCCCUUUAACAUCACUUUAAAAUCAAAAUGUGUCUCAUGUAUCACUGGUCAACUGAGGUAUGAAAAAACAAAUUCCUUUUGUCAAUGUAAACGUAUACAACACUGGAAUGCAGGUGAGAUUUUCACUAUCUGUACUUUGUUCAGUCAAUAAUUUCAAUUGUAAUUAUUAAACACUGAAGUUCAAAUAAAACAGAUUAGUGCUUUG